AUGACUGCAGUGUUAUUAAACUCAUUCCAGGUAACUACUGUUGCAAAUCAAGACACACCAUUAAAGUAUGUUAUAGCCGGAGAAAUAGAAAUCUCUUUUACUGCAUCGAAUGAGGACAUUGAUGUUUCUGUUGAUAAGAUAGAACUUAUUGCAUGUGAAAAGUCAACCUCAGCAGGUCCAACCACUGUUUCAUCAGCUACAUCGGCACCGACGACAAGUGGACUCACAGGUUUACCAAGUAUAACGACAGUGCCACUAGUAGGUGAAACAGGGGGACCACCAUCUACUACAGCAGCACCAUCGACGACAGGUGCAACCGAAGGAACACCAUCCUCAACUGUAGCAGGACCAUCAAGUUCGACUACAGGUGCACCCAGUACAACGACAGCACCAUCGACAGGUCCAACAGAAGGACCAUCAGUGUCAAUGGCGACACCGACACCAUCACCUGCACCUGAGGAAUGUCCAUCUCUUGAUUUGAUGGAAGACUCAGGAGUUGGUCUGUCAAUAACAUAUGACGAUGAGAUAAUAUCAGCUGACACUUUGAUUGGUCUUCAAAGCUCGGAUGAUAAUAGAAAACUGACUGUAACACCGUCAUCAACCGUAAAGAUUUCACUUACAAAGGUAUCAACACUUGUGUCAAUCAAUGUGAAUGGAGACAAUAUUGAAGAGAUUACUUUGACUUUUACAGAUGAAACCACAAACCAGAUAAACACGGUAACUACUGUUGCAAAUCAAGACACACAAUUAAACUAUGUUAUAGCCGGAGAAAUAGAAAUCUCUUUUACUGCAUCGAAUGAGGACAUUGAUGUUUCUGUUGAUAAGAUAGAACUAAUUGCAUGUGAAAAGUCAACAUCAGCAGGUCCAACCACUGUUUCAUCAGCUACAUCGGCACAGACGACAAGUGGAAUCACAGGUCUACCAAGUAUAACGACAGUGCCACUAGUAGGUGAAACAGGGGGACCACCAUCUACUACAGCAGCACCAUCGACGACAGGUGCAACCGAAGGAACACCAUCCUCAACUGUAGCAGGACCAUCAAGUUCGACUACAGGUGCACCCAGUACAACGACAGCACCAUCGACAGGUCCAACAGAAGGACCAUCAGUUUCAAUGGCGACACCGACACCAUCACCUGCACCUGAGGAAUGUCCAUCUCUUGAUUUGAUGGAAGACUCAGGAGUUGGUCUGUCAAUAACAUAUGACGAUGAGAUAAUAUCAGCUGACACUUUGAUUGGUCUUCAAAGCUCGGAUGAUAAUAGAAAACUGACUGUAACACCGUCAUCAACCAUAAAGAUUUCACUUACCAAGGUUUCAACACUUGUGUCAAUCAAUGUGAAUGGAGACAAUAUUGAAGAGAUUACUUUGACUUUUACAGAUGAAACCACAAACCAGUUAAACACGGUAACUACUGUUGCAAAUCAAGACACACCAUUAAACUAUGUUAUAGCCGGAGAAAUAGAAAUCUCUUUUACUGCAUCGAAUGAGGACAUUGAUGUUUCUGUUGAUAAGAUAGAACUAAUUGCAUGUGAAAAGUCAACAUCAGCAGGUCCAACCACUGUUUCAUCAGCUACAUCGGCACCGACGACAAGUGGAAUCACAGGUUUACCAAGUAUAACGACAGUGCCACUAGUAGGUGAAACAGGGGGACCACCAUCUACUACAGCAGCACCAUCGACGACAGGUGCAACCGAAGGAACACCAUCCUCAACUGUAGCAGGACCAUCAAGUUCGACUACAGGUGCACCCAGUACAACGACAGCACCAUCGACAGGUCCAACAGAAGGACCAUCAGUUUCAAUGGCGACACCGACACCAUCACCUGCACCUGAGGAAUGUCCAUCUCUUGAUUUGAUGGAAGACUCAGGAGUUGGUUUGUCAAUAACAUAUGACGAUGAGAUAAUAUCAGCUGACACUUUGAUUGGUCUUCAAAGCUCGGAUGAUAAUAGAAAACUGACUGUAACACCGUCAUCAACCGUAAAGAUUUCACUUACCAAGGUAUCAACACUUGUGUCAAUCAAUGUGAAUGGAGACAAUAUUGAAGAGAUUACUUUGACUUUAACAGAUGAAACCACAAACCAGAUAAACACGGUAACUACUGUUGCAAAUCAAGACACACCAUUAAACUAUGUUAUAGCCGGAGAAAUAGAAAUCUCUUUUACUGCAUCGAAUGAGGACAUUGAUGUUUCUGUUGAUAAGAUAGAACUAAUUGCAUGUGAAAAGUCAACCUCAGCAGGUCCAACCACUGUUUCAUCAGCUACAUCGGCACCGACGACAAGUGGAAUCACAGGUUUACCAAGUAUAACGACAGUGCCACUAGUAGGUGAAACAGGGGGACCACCAUCUACUACAGCAGCACCAUCGACGACAGGUGCAACCGAAGGAACACCAUCCUCAACUGUAGCAGAACCAUCAAGUUCGACUACAGGUGCACCCAGUACAACGACAGCACCAUCGACAGGUCCAACAGAAGGACCAUCAGUUUCAAUGGCGACACCGACACCAUCACCUGCACCUGAGGAAUGUCCAUCUCUUGAUUUGAUGGAAGACUCAGGAGUUGGUUUGUCAAUAACAUAUGACGAUGAGAUAAUAUCAGCUGACACUUUGAUUGGUCUUCAAAGCUCGGAUGAUAAUAGAAAACUGACUGUAACACCGUCAUCAACCGUAAAGAUUUCACUUACCAAGGUAUCAACACUUGUGUCAAUCAAUGUGAAUGGAGACAAUAUUGAAGAGAUUACUUUGACUUUAACAGAUGAAACCACAAACCAGAUAAACACGGUAACUACUGUUGCAAAUCAAGACACACCAUUAAACUAUGUUAUAGCCGGAGAAAUAGAAAUCUCUUUUACUGCAUUGAAUGAGGACAUUGAUGCUUCUGUUGAUAAGAUAGAACUAAUUGCAUGUGAAAAGUCAACAUCAGCAGGUCCAACCACUGUUUCAUCAGCUACAUCGGCACCGACGACAAGUGGAAUCACAGGUCUACCAAGUAUAACGACAGUGCCACUAGUAGGUGAAACAGGGGGACCACCAUCAACUACAGCAGCACCAUCGACGACAGGUGCAACCGAAGGAACACCAUCCUCAACUGUAGCAGGACCAUCAAGUUCGACUACAGGUGCACCCAGUACAACGACAGCACCAUCGACAGGUCCAACAGAAGGACCAUCAGUUUCAAUGGCGACACCGACACCAUCACCUGCACCUGAGGAAUGUUCAUCUCUUGAUUUGAUGGAAGACUCAGGAGUUGGUCUGUCAAUAACAUAUGACGAUGAGAUAAUAUCAGCUGACACUUUGAUUGGUCUUCAAAGCUCGGAUGAUAAUAGAAAACUGACUGUAACACCGUCAUCAACCGUAAAGAUUUCACUUACAAAGGUAUCAACACUUGUGUCAAUCAAUGUGAAUGGAGACAAUAUUGAAGAGAUUACUUUGACUUUUACAGAUGAAACCACAAACCAGAUAAACACGGUAACUACUGUUGCAAAUCAAGACACACCAUUAAACUAUGUUAUAGCCGGAGAAAUAGAAAUCUCUUUUACUGCAUCGAACGAGGACAUUGAUGUUUCUGUUGAUAAGAUAGAACUAAUUGCAUGUGAAAAGUCAACCUCAGCAGGUCCAACCACUGUUUCAUCAGCUACAUCGGCACCGACGACAAGUGAAAUCACAGGUUUACCAAGUAUAACGACAGUGCCACUAGUAGGUGAAACAGGGGGACCACCAUCUACUACAACAGCACCAUCGACGACAGGUGCAACCGAAGGAACACCAUCCUCAACUGUAGCAGGACCAUCAAGUUCGACUACAGGUGCACCCAGUACAACGACAGCACCAUCGACAGGUGUAACAGAAGGACCAUCAGUUUCAAUGGCGACACCGACACCAUCACCUGCACCUGAGGAAUGUCCAUCUCUUGAUUUGAUGGAAGACUCAGGAGUUGGUCUGUCAAUAACAUAUGACGAUGAGAUAAUAUCAGCUGACACUUUGAUUGGUCUUCAAAGCUCGGAUGAUAAUAGAAAACUGACUGUAACACCGUCAUCAACCGUAAAGAUUUCACUUACAAAGGUAUCAACACUUGUGUCAAUCAAUGUGAAUGGAGACAAUAUUGAAGAGAUUACUUUGACUUUUACAGAUGAAACCACAAACCAGAUAAACACGGUAACUACUGUUGCAAAUCAAGACACACCAUUAAACUAUGUUAUAGCCGGAGAAAUAGAAAUCUCUUUUACUGCAUCGAAUGAGGACAUUGAUGUUUCUGUUGAUAAGAUAGAACUAAUUGCAUGUGAAAAGUCAACCUCAGCAGGUCCAACCACUGUUUCAUCAGCUACAUCGGCACCGACGACAAGUGGAAUCACAGGUUUACCAAGUAUAACGACAGUGCCACUAGUAGGUGAAACAGGGGGACCACCAUCUACUACAGCAGCACCAUCGACGACAGGUGCAACCGAAGGAACACCAUCCUCAACUGUAGCAGGACCAUCAAGUUCGACUACAGGUGCACCCAGUACAACGACAGCACCAUCGACAGGUCCAACAGAAGGACCAUCAGUUUCAAUGGCGACACCGACACCAUCACCUGCACCUGAGGAAUGUCCAUCUCUUGAUUUGAUGGAAGACUCAGGAGUUGGUCUGUCAAUAACAUAUGACGAUGAGAUAAUAUCAGCUGACACUUUGAUUGGUCUUCAAAGCUCGGAUGAUAAUAGAAAACUGACUGUAACACCGUCAUCAACCGUAAAGAUUUCACUUACCAAGGUAUCAACACUUGUGUCAAUCAAUGUGAAUGGAGACAAUAUUGAAGAGAUUACUUUGACUUUAACAGAUGAAACCACAAACCAGAUAAACACGGUAACUACUGUUGCAAAUCAAGACACACCAUUAAACUAUGUUAUAGCCGGAGAAAUAGAAAUCUCUUUUACUGCAUCGAAUGAGGACAUUGAUGUUUCUGUUGAUAAGAUAGAACUAAUUGCAUGUGAAAAGUCAACCUCAGCAGGUCCAACCACUGUUUCAUCAGCUACAUCGGCACCGACGACAAGUGGAAUCACAGGUUUACCAAGUAUAACGACAGUGCCACUAGUAGGUGAAACAGGGGGACCACCAUCUACUACAGCAGCACCAUCGACGACAGGUGCAACCGAAGGAACACCAUCCUCAACUGUAGCAGGACCAUCAAGUUCGACUACAGGUGCAACCAGUACAACGACAGCACCAUCGACAGGUCCAACAGAAGGACCAUCAGUUUCAAUGGCGACACCGACACCAUCACCUGCACCUGAGGAAUGUCCAUCUCUUGAUUUGAUGGAAGACUCAGGAGUUGGUCUGUCAAUAACAUAUGACGAUGAGAUAAUAUCAGCUGACACUUUGAUUGGUCUUCAAAGCUCGGAUGAUAAUAGAAAACUGACUGUAACACCGUCAUCAACCGUAAAGAUUUCACUUACCAAGGUAUCAACACUUGUGUCAAUCAAUGUGAAUGGAGACAAUAUUGAAGAGAUUACUUUGACUUUAACAGAUGAAACCACAAACCAGAUAAACACGGUAACUACUGUUGCAAAUCAAGACACACCAUUAAACUAUGUUAUAGCCGGAGAAAUAGAAAUCUCUUUUACUGCAUCGAAUGAGGACAUUGAUGUUUCUGUUGAUAAGAUAGAACUAAUUGCAUGUGAAAAGUCAACCUCAGCAGGUCCAACCACUGUUUCAUCAGCUACAUCGGCACCGACGACAAGUGGAAUCACAGGUUUACCAAGUAUAACGACAGUGCCACUAGUAGGUGAAACAGGGGGACCACCAUCUACUACAGCAGCACCAUCGACGACAGGUGCAACCGAAGGAACACCAUCCUCAACUGUAGCAGGACCAUCAAGUUCGACUACAGGUGCACCCAGUACAACGACAGCACCAUCGACAGGUCAAACAGAAGGACCAUCAGUUUCAAUGGCGACACCGACACCAUCACCUGCACCUGAGGAAUGUCCAUCUCUUGAUUUGAUGGAAGACUCAGGAGUUGGUCUGUCAAUAACAUAUGACGAUGAGAUAAUAUCAGCUGACACUUUAAUUGGUCUUCAAAGCUCGGAUGAUAAUAGAAAACUGACUGUAACACCGUCAUCAACCGUAAAGAUUUCACUUACCAAGGUAUCAACCCUUGUGUCAAUCAAUGUGAAUGGAGACAAUAUUGAAGAGAUUACUUUGACUUUUACAGAUGAAACCACAAACCAGAUAAACACGGUAACUACUGUUGCAAAUCAAGACACACCAUUAAACUAUGUUAUAGCCGGAGAAAUAGAAAUCUCUUUUACUGCAUCGAAUGAGGACAUUGAUGUUUCUGUUGAUAAGAUAGAACUAAUUGCAUGUGAAAAGUCAACCUCAGCAGGUCCAACCACUGUUUCAUCAGCUACAUCGGCACCGACGACAAGUGGAAUCACAGGUUUACCAAGUAUAACGACAGUGCCACUAGUAGGUGAAACAGGGGGACCACCAUCUACUACAGCAGCACCAUCGACGACAGGUGCAACCGAAGGAACACCAUCCUCAACUGUAGCAGGACCAUCAAGUUCGACUACAGGUGCAACCAGUACAACGACAGCACCAUCGACAGGUCCAACAGAAGGACCAUCAGUUUCAAUGGCGACACCGACACCAUCACCUGCACCUGAGGAAUGUCCAUCUCUUGAUUUGAUGGAAGACUCAGGAGUUGGUCUGUCAAUAACAUAUGACGAUGAGAUAAUAUCAGCUGACACUUUGAUUGGUCUUCAAAGCUCGGAUGAUAAUAGAAAACUGACUGUAACACCGUCAUCAACCGUAAAGAUUUCACUUACCAAGGUAUCAACACUUGUGUCAAUCAAUGUGAAUGGAGACAAUAUUGAAGAGAUUACUUUGACUUUAACAGAUGAAACCACAAACCAGAUAAACACGGUAACUACUGUUGCAAAUCAAGACACACCAUUAAACUAUGUUAUAGCCGGAGAAAUAGAAAUCUCUUUUACUGCAUCGAAUGAGGACAUUGAUGUUUCUGUUGAUAAGAUAGAACUAAUUGCAUGUGAAAAGUCAACCUCAGCAGGUCCAACCACUGUUUCAUCAGCUACAUCGGCACCGACGACAAGUGGAAUCACAGGUUUACCAAGUAUAACGACAGUGCCACUAGUAGGUGAAACAGGGGGACCACCAUCUACUACAGCAGCACCAUCGACGACAGGUGCAACCGAAGGAACACCAUCCUCAACUGUAGCAGGACCAUCAAGUUCGACUACAGGUGCACCCAGUACAACGACAGCACCAUCGACAGGUCCAACAGAAGGACCAUCAGUUUCAAUGGCGACACCGACACCAUCACCUACACCUGAGGAAUGUCCAUCUCUUGAUUUGAUGGAAGACUCAGGAGUUGGUCUGUCAAUAACAUAUGACGAUGAGAUAAUAUCAGCUGACACUUUGAUUGGUCUUCAAAGCUCGGAUGAUAAUAGAAAACUGACUGUAACACCGUCAUCAACCGUAAAGAUUUCACUUACAAAGGUAUCAACACUUGUGUCAAUCAAUGUGAAUGGAGACAAUAUUGAAGAGAUUACUUUGACUUUUACAGAUGAAACCACAAACCAGAUAAACACGGUAACUACUGUUGCAAAUCAAGACACACCAUUAAACUAUGUUAUAGCCGGAGAAAUAGAAAUCUCUUUUACUGCAUCGAAUGAGGACAUUGAUGUUUCUGUUGAUAAGAUAGAACUAAUUGCAUGUGAAAAGUCAACAUCAGCAGGUCCAACCACUGUUUCAUCAGCUACAUCGGCACCGACGACAAGUGGAAUCACAGGUUUACCAAGUAUAACGACAGUGCCACUAGUAGGUGAAACAGGGGGACCACCAUCUACUACAGCAGCACCAUCGACGACAGGUGCAACCGAAGGAACACCAUCCUCAACUGUAGCAGGACCAUCAAGUUCGACUACAGGUGCACCCAGUACAACGACAGCACCAUCGACAGGUCCAACAGAAGGACCAUCAGUUUCAAUGGCGACACCGACACCAUCACCUGCACCUGAGGAAUGUCCAUCUCUUGAUUUGAUGGAAGACUCAGGAGUUGGUCUGUCAAUAACAUAUGACGAUGAGAUAAUAUCAGCUGACACUUUGAUUGGUCUUCAAAGCUCGGAUGAUAAUAGAAAACUGACUGUAACACCGUCAUCAACCGUAAAGAUUUCACUUACCAAGGUAUCAACACUUGUGUCAAUCAAUGUGAAUGGAGACAAUAUUGAAGAGAUUACUUUGACUUUAACAGAUGAAACCACAAACCAGAUAAACACGGUAACUACUGUUGCAAAUCAAGACACACCAUUAAACUAUGUUAUAGCCGGAGAAAUAGAAAUCUCUUUUACUGCAUCGAAUGAGGACAUUGAUGUUUCUGUUGAUAAGAUAGAACUAAUUGCAUGUGAAAAGUCAACCUCAGCAGGUCCAACCACUGUUUCAUCAGCUACAUCGGCACCGACGACAAGUGGAAUCACAGGUUUACCAAUUAUAACGACAGUGCCACUAGUAGGUGAAACAGGGGGACCACCAUCUACUACAGCAGCACCAUCGACGACAGGUGCAACCGAAGGAACACCAUCCUCAACUGUAGCAGGACCAUCAAGUUCGACUACAGGUGCACCCAGUACAACGACAGCACCAUCGACAGGUCCAACAGAAGGACCAUCAGUUUCAAUGGCGACACCGACACCAUCACCUGCACCUGAGGAAUGUCCAUCUCUUGAUUUGAUGGAAGACUCAGGAGUUGGUCUGUCAAUAACAUAUGACGAUGAGAUAAUAUCAGCUGACACUUUAAUUGGUCUUCAAAGCUCGGAUGAUAAUAGAAAACUGACUGUAACACCGUCAUCAACCGUAAAGAUUUCACUUACAAAGGUAUCAACACUUGUGUCAAUCAAUGUGAAUGGAGACAAUAUUGAAGAGAUUACUUUGACUUUUACAGAUGAAACCACAAACCAGAUAAACACGGUAACUACUGUUGCAAAUCAAGACACACCAUUAAACUAUGUUAUAGCCGGAGAAAUAGAAAUCUCUUUUACUGCAUCGAAUGAGGACAUUGAUGUUUCUGUUGAUAAGAUAGAACUAAUUGCAUGUGAAAAGUCAACAUCAACAGGUCCAACCACUGUUUCAUCAGCUACAUCGGCACCGACGACAAUUGGAAUCACAGGUUUACCAAGUAUAACGACAGUGCCACUAGUAGGUGAAACAGGGGGACCACCAUCUACUACAGCAGCACCAUCGACGACAGGUGCAACCGAAGGAACACCAUCCUCAACUGUAGCAGGACCAUCAAGUUCGACUACAGGUGCACCCAGUACAACGACAGCACCAUCGACAGGUCCAACAGAAGGACCAUCAGUUUCAAUGGCGACACCGACACCAUCACCUGCACCUGAGGAAUGUCCAUCUCUUGAUUUGAUGGAAGACUCAGGAGUUGGUCUGUCAAUAACAUAUGACGAUGAGAUAAUAUCAGCUGACACUUUGAUUGGUCUUCAAAGCUCGGAUGAUAAUAGAAAACUGACUGUAACACCGUCAUCAACCGUAAAGAUUUCACUUACCAAGGUAUCAACACUUGUGUCAAUCAAUGUGAAUGGAGACAAUAUUGAAGAGAUUACUUUGACUUUAACAGAUGAAACCACAAACCAGAUAAACACGGUAACUACUGUUGCAAAUCAAGACACACCAUUAAACUAUGUUAUAGCCGGAGAAAUAGAAAUCUCUUUUACUGCAUCGAAUGAGGACAUUGAUGUUUCUGUUGAUAAGAUAGAACUAAUUGCAUGUGAAAAGUCAACCUCAGCAGGUCCAACCACUGUUUCAUCAGCUACAUCGGCACCGACGACAAGUGGAAUCACAGGUUUACCAAGUAUAACGACAGUGCCACUAGUAGGUGAAACAGGGGGACCACCAUCUACUACAGCAGCACAAUCGACGACAGGUGCAACCGAAGGAACACCAUCCUCAACUGUAGCAGGACCAUCAAGUUCGACUACAGGUGCACCCAGUACAACGACAGCACCAUCGACAGGUCCAACAGAAGGACCAUCAGUUUCAAUGGCGACACCGACACCAUCACCUGCACCUGAGGAAUGUCCAUCUCUUGAUUUGAUGGAAGACUCAGGAGUUGGUCUGUCAAUAACAUAUGACGAUGAGAUAAUAUCAGCUGACACUUUAAUUGGUCUUCAAAGCUCGGAUGAUAAUAGAAAACUGACUGUAACACCGUCAUCAACCGUAAAGAUUUCACUUACCAAGGUAUCAACACUUGUGUCAAUCAAUGUGAAUGGAGACAAUAUUGAAGAGAUUACUUUGACUUUUACAGAUGAAACCACAAACCAGAUAAACACGGUAACUACUGUUGCAAAUCAAGACACACCAUUAAACUAUGUUAUAGCCGGAGAAAUAGAAAUCUCUUUUACUGCAUCGAAUGAGGACAUUGAUGUUUCUGUUGAUAAGAUAGAAAUAAUUGCAUGUGAAAAGUCAACAUCAACAGGUCCAACCACUGUUUCAUCAGCUACAUCGGCACCGACGACAAGUGGAAUCACAGGUUUACCAAGUAUAACGACAGUGCCACUAGUAGGUGAAACAGGGGGACCACCAUCUACUACAGCAGCACCAUCGACGACAGGUGCAACCGAAGGAACACCAUCCUCAACUGUAGCAGGACCAUCAAGUUCGACUACAGGUGCACCCAGUACAACGACAGCACCAUCGACAGGUCCAACAGAAGGACCAUCAGUUUCAAUGGCGACACCGACACCAUCACCUGCACCUGAGGAAUGUCCAUCUCUUGAUUUGAUGGAAGACUCAGGAGUUGGUCUGUCAAUAACAUAUGACGAUGAGAUAAUAUCAGCUGACACUUUGAUUGGUCUUCAAAGCUCGGAUGAUAAUAGAAAACUGACUGUAACACCGUCAUCAACCGUAAAGAUUUCACUUACCAAGGUAUCAACACUUGUGUCAAUCAAUGUGAAUGGAGACAAUAUUGAAGAGAUUACUUUGACUUUUACAGAUGAAACCACAAACCAGAUAAACACGGUAACUACUGUUGCAAAUCAAGACACACCAUUAAACUAUGUUAUAGCCGGAGAAAUAGAAAUCUCUUUUACUGCAUCGAAUGAGGACAUUGAUGUUUCUGUUGAUAAGAUAGAACUAAUUGCAUGUGAAAAGUCAACAUCAGCAGGUCCAACCACUGUUUCAUCAGCUACAUCGGCACCGACGACAAGUGGAAUCACAGGUUUACCAAGUAUAACGACAGUGACACUAGUAGGUGAAACAGAGGGACCACCAUCUACUACAGCAGCACCAUCGACGACAGGUGCAACCGAAGGAACACCAUCCUCAACUGUAGCAGGACCAUCAAGUUCGACUACAGGUGCACCCAGUACAACGACAGCACCAUCGACAGGUCCAACAGAAGGACCAUCAGUUUCAAUGGCGACACCGACACCAUCACCUGCACCUGAGGAAUGUCCAUCUCUUGAUUUGAUGGAAGACUCAGGAGUUGGUCUGUCAAUAACAUAUGACGAUGAGAUAAUAUCAGCUGACACUUUGAUUGGUCUUCAAAGCUCGGAUGAUAAUAGAAAACUGACUGUAACACCGUCAUCAACCGUAAAGAUUUCACUUACCAAGGUAUCAACACUUGUGUCAAUCAAUGUGAAUGGAGACAAUAUUGAAGAGAUUACUUUGACUUUUACAGAUGAAACCACAAACCAGAUAAACACGGUAACUACUGUUGCAAAUCAAGACACACCAUUAAACUAUGUUAUAGCCGGAGAAAUAGAAAUCUCUUUUACUGCAUCGAAUGAGGACAUUGAUGUUUCUGUUGAUAAGAUAGAACUAAUUGCAUGUGAAAAGUCAACAUCAGCAGGUCCAACCACUGUUUCAUCAGCUACAUCGGCACCGACGACAAGUGGAAUCACAGGUUUACCAAGUAUAACGACAGUGCCACUAGUAGGUGAAACAGGGGGACCACCAUCUACUACAGCAGCACCAUCGACGACAGGUGCAACCGAAGGAACACCAUCCUCAACUGUAGCAGGACCAUCAAGUUCGACUACAGGUGCACCCAGUACAACGACAGCACCAUCGACAGGUCCAACAGAAGGACCAUCAGUUUCAAUGGCGACACCGACACCAUCACCUGCACCUGAGGAAUGUCCAUCUCUUGAUUUGAUGGAAGACUCAGGAGUUGGUCUGUCAAUAACAUAUGACGAUGAGAUAAUAUCAGCUGACACUUUGAUUGGUCUUCAAAGCUCGGAUGAUAAUAGAAAACUGACUGUAACACCGUCAUCAACCGUAAAGAUUUCACUUACCAAGGUAUCAACACUUGUGUCAAUCAAUGUGAAUGGAGACAAUAUUGAAGAGAUUACUUUGACUUUUACAGAUGAAACCACAAACCAGAUAAACACGGUAACUACUGUUGCAAAUCAAGACACACCAUUAAACUAUGUUAUAGCCGGAGAAAUAGAAAUCUCUUUUACUGCAUCGAAUGAGGACAUUGAUGUUUCUGUUGAUAAGAUAGAACUAAUUGCAUGUGAAAAGUCAACAUCAGCAGGUCCAACCACUGUUUCAUCAGCUACAUCGGCACCGACGACAAGUGGAAUCACAGGUUUACCAAGUAUAACGACAGUGCCACUAGUAGGUGAAACAGGGGGAUCACCAUCUACUACAGCAGCACCAUCGACGACAGGUGCAACCGAAGGAACACCAUCCUCAACUGUAGCAGGACCAUCAAGUUCGACUACAGGUGCACCCAGUACAACGACAGCACCAUCGACAGGUCCAACAGAAGGACCAUCAGUUUCAAUGGCGACACCGACACCAUCACCUGCACCUGAGGAAUGUCCAUCUCUUGAUUUGAUGGAAGACUCAGGAGUUGGUAUGUCAAUAACAUAUGACGAUGAGAUAAUAUCAGCUGACACUUUGAUUGGUCUUCAAAGCUCGGAUGAUAAUAGAAAACUGACUGUAACACCGUCAUCAACCGUAAAGAUUUCACUUACCAAGGUAUCAACACUUGUGUCAAUCAAUGUGAAUGGAGAAAAUAUUGAAGAGAUUACUUUGACUUUUACAGAUGAAACCACAAACCAGAUAAACACGGUAACUACUGUUGCAAAUCAAGACACACCAUUAAACUAUGUUAUAGCCGGAGAAAUAGAAAUCUCUUUUACUGCAUCGAAUGAGGACAUUGAUGUUUCUGUUGAUAAGAUAGAACUAAUUGCAUGUGAAAAGUCAACAUCAGCAGGUCCAACCACUGUUUCAUCAGCUACAUCGGCACCGACGACAAGUGGAAUCACAGGUUUACCAAGUAUAACGACAGUGCCACUAGUAGGUGAAACAGGGGGAUCACCAUCUACUACAGCAGCACCAUCGACGACAGGUGCAACCGAAGGAACACCAUCCUCAACUGUAGCAGGACCAUCAAGUUCGACUACAGGUGCACCCAGUACAACGACAGCACCAUCGACAGGUCCAACAGAAGGACCAUCAGUUUCAAUGGCGACACCGACACCAUCACCUGCACCUGAGGAAUGUCCAUCUCUUGAUUUGAUGGAAGACUCAGGAGUUGGUCUGUCAAUAACAUAUGACGAUGAGAUAAUAUCAGCUGACACUUUGAUUGGUCUUCAAAGCUCGGAUGAUAAUAGAAAACUGACUGUAACACCGUCAUCAACCGUAAAGAUUUCACUUACCAAGGUAUCAACACUUGUGUCAAUCAAUGUGAAUGGAGACAAUAUUGAAGAGAUUACUUUGACUUUUACAGAUAAAACCACAAACCAGAUGAAAACGGUAACUACUGUUGCAAAUCAAGACACACCAUUAAACUAUGUUAUAGCCGGAGAAAUAGAAAUCUCUUUUACUGCAUCGAAUGAGGACAUUGAUGUUUCUGUUGAUAAGAUAGAACUAAUUGCAUGUGAAAAGUCAACCUCAGCAGGUCCAACCACUGUAUCAUCAGCUACAUCGGCACCGAUGACAAGUGGAAUCACAGGUUUACCAAGUAUAACGACAGUGCCACUAGUAGGUGAAACAGGGGGACCACCAUCUACUACAGCAGCACCAUCGACGACAGGUGCAACCGAAGGAACACCAGCCUCAACUGUAGCAGGACCAUCAAGUUCGACUACAGGUGCACCCAGUACAACGACAGCACCAUCGACAAAUCCAACAGAAGGACCAUCAGUUUCAAUGGCGACACCGACACCAUCACCUGCACCUGAGGAAUGUCCAUCUCUUGAUUUGAUGGAAGACUCAGGAGUUGGUCUGUCAAUAACAUAUGACGAUGAGAUAAUAUCAGCUGACACUUUGAUUGGUCUUCAAAGCUCGGAUGAUAAUAGAAAACUGACUGUAUCACCGUCAUCUACCGUAAAGAUUUCACUUACCAAGGUAUCAACACUUGUGUCAAUCAAUGUGAAUGGAGACAAUAUUGAAGAGAUUACUUUGACUUUUACAGAUGAAACCACAAACCAGAUAAACACGGUAACUACAGUUGCAAAUCAAGACACACCAUUAAACUAUGUUAUAGUCGGAGAAAUAGAAAUCUCUUUUACUGCAUCGAAUGAGGACAUUGAUGUUUCUGUUGAUAAGAUAGAACUAAUUGCAUGUGAAAAAUCAACAUCAGCAGGUUCAACCACUGUUUCAUCAGCUACAUCGGCACCGACGACAAGUGGAAUCACAGGUUUACCAAGUAUAACGACAGUGCCACUAGUAGGUGAAACAGCAGGAUCACCGUCUACUUCAGCAGCACCAUCGACAACAGGUGCAACCGAAGGAACACCAUCCUUAACUGUAGCAGGACCAUCAAGUUCGACUACAGGUGCACCCAGUACAACGACAGCACCAUCGACAGGUCCAACAGAAGGACCAUCAGUUUCAAUGGCGACACCGACACCAUCACCUGCACCUGAGGAAUGUACAUCUCUUGAUUUGAUGGAAGACUCAGGAGUUGGUCUGUCAAUAACAUAUGACGAUGAGAUAAUAUCAGCUGACACUUUGAUUGGUCUUCAAAGCUCGGAUGAUAAUAGAAAACUGACUGUAACACCGUCAUCAACCGUAAAGAUUUCACUUACCAAGGUAUCAACACUUGUGUCAAUCAAUGUGAAUGGAAACAAUAUUGAAGAGAUUACUUUGACUUUUACAGAUGAAACCACAAACCAGAUAAACACGGUAACUACUGUUGCAAAUCAAGACACACCAUUAAACUAUGUUAUAGCCGGAGAAAUAGAAAUCUCUUUUACUGCAUCGAAUGAGGACAUUGAUGUUUCUGUUGAUAAGAUAGAACUAAUUGCAUGUGAAAAGUCAACCUCAGCAGGUCCAACCACUGUUUCAUCAGCUACAUCGGCACCGACGACAAGUGGAAUCACAGGUUUACCAAGUAUAACGACAGUGCCACUAGUAGGUCAAACAGGGGGACCACCAUCUACUACAUCAGCACCAUCGACAACAGGUGCAACCGAAGGAACACCAUCCUUAACUGCAGCAGGACCAUUAAGUUCGACUACAGGUGCACCCAGUACAACGACAGCACCAUCGACAGGUCCAACAGAAGGACCAUCAGUUUCAAUGGCGACACCGACACCAUCACCUGCACCUGAGGAAUGUACAUCUCUUGAUUUGAUGGAAGACUCCGGAGUUGGUCUGUCAAUAACAUAUGACGAUGAGAUAAUAUCAGCUGACACUUUGAUUGGUCUUCAACGCUCGGAUGAUAAUAGAAAACUGACUGUAACACCGUCAUCAACCGUAAAGAUUUCACUUACCAAGGUAUCAACACUUGUGUCAAUCAAUGUGAAUGGAAACAAUAUUGAAGAGAUUACUUUGACUUUUACAGAUGAAACCACAAACCAGAUAAACACGGUAACUACUGUUGCAAAUCAAGACACACCAUUAAACUAUGUUAUAGCCGGAGAAAUAGAAAUCUCUUUUACUGCAUCGAAUGAGGACAUUGAUGUUUCUGUUGAUAAGAUAGAACUAAUUGCAUGUGAAAAGUCAACCUCAGCAGGUCCAACCACUGUUUCAUCAGCUACAUCGGCACCGACGACAAGUGGAAUCACAGGUUUACCAAGUAUAACGACAGUGACACUAGUAGGUCAAACAGGGGGACCCCCAUCUACUACAGCAGCACCAUCGACGACAGGUGCAACCGAAGGAACACCAUCCUCAACUGUAGCAGGACCAUCAAGUUCGACUACUGGUGCACCCAGUACAUCGACAGCACCAUCCACAAGUCCAACAGAAGGACCAUCAAUUUCAUUGGCGACACCGACACCAUCACCUGCACCUGAGGAAUGUCCAUCUCUUGAUUUGAUGGAAGACUCAGAAGUUGGUCUGUCAAUAACAUAUGACGAUGAGAUAAUAUCAGCUGACACUUUGAUUGGUCUUCAAAGCUCGGAUGAUAAUAGAAAACUGACUGUAACAACGUCAUCAACCGUAACGAUUUCACUUACCAAGGUAUCAACACUUGUGUCAAUCAAUGUGAAUGGAGACAAUAUUGAAGAGAUUACUUUGACUUUUACAGAUGAAACAAAAAACCAGAUAAAAACGGUAACUACUGUUGCAAAUCAAGACACACCAUUAAACUAUGUUAUAGCCGGAGAAAUAGAAAUCUCUUUUACUGCAUCGAAUGAGGACAUUGAUGUUUCUGUUGAUAAGAUAGAACUAAUUGCAUGUGAAAAGUCAACCUCAGCAGGCCCAACCACUGUUUCAUCAGCUACAUCGGCACUGCCGACAAGUGGAAUUACAGGUUUACCAAGUAUAACGACAGUGCCACUAGUAGGUCAAACAGAGGGACCACCAUCUACUACAGCAGCACCAUCGACGACAGGUGCAACCGAAGGAACACCAUUCUCAACUGUAGCAGGACCAUCAAGUUCGACUACAGGUACACCCAGUACAACGACAGCACCAUCGACAGGUCCAACAGAAGGACCAUCAAUUUCAAUGGCGACACCGACACCAUCACCUGCACCUGAGGAAUGUCAAUCGAUGAAUUUGAUGGAAGACUCAGGAGUUGGUCUGUCAAUAACAUAUGACGAUGAGAUAGUAUCAGCUGAGACUUUGAUUGGUCUUCAAAACUCGGAUGAUAAUCGAAGCUUAACUGUACUAUCAUCAUCAACUUUGACUAUUUCACUUACCAAGGUAUCAACACUUGUGUCAAUCAAUGUGAAUGGAGACAAUAUUGAUGAGAUUACUUUGACUUAUACAGAUGAAACCACAAACCAGAUAAAAACGAUCAUUAUUAAUAGUAAUGAAGAUACAUUAUUGAAUUAUGACGCUGCGAAAGUAUUAAAAAUUUCCUUUACUGGAGUUGGAGACAACGAUGUAUCCAUUGAUAUGAUAGAAUUGAUUGCCUGUAAUCUACAAAGAACGUCAUCUUUAACAAGUCAACAUGUAAUGACUUCAGAACCAACUACGAUAAUACCUUCCUUGACUACAGCUUCAGCAUCAACAUGCGAAUCAGUCGAUGGUAUGUCGAGUCCGGCAUUAAUUCCUGACGGAAGUAUUGAAAUAAAUGUUCCAACACAAAACGAUGUAGAGAAAAUUCGACCUGGAGGUGAUUCAUUAAUCAUAUUGGACAAUAAGAUUGAAAUCCCUAUGAUAUCUAUUUUGCUUAGACAGAAACCAGAGUUAGGAAGUGUAGAAAUUUACCCAAGUUCCAAUGAAAGCAAUGUAAAUACAUACAUUGUCAGUGUACAGGAUUCUCAGGAUGUGUUGCCACACCAGAUAGGAAAGGUUUACAACGGAGACGAAAUAGCACCAUUCCCCUCUGGUGUGUUUGCAGAUAAAGUUAUCAUUACAUUGUUGACAAAGAAUAAUCCCAAUCAACCGUACUAUGUAGACGUUAAACUCAACGCCUGUUUCAUCGUAUCACAAUCUACAAAAGUCCCAACAGGACUACAGUCUGUACAAGUAACAGUAGGCCAACCUUCUGCAACAAGAACACCAUCUCCAGGUGUAAGCACUGGUCCACCAUCUGUAACUGGGGGACCAUCUACAGCGGUAACCACCGGUCAACCUUCUGCAACAGGAACACCAUCACCAGGUGUAAGCACUGGUUCACCUUCUGCAACUGGCGAACCAUCUACAUCAGUAACAACCAGUCAACCUUCUGCAACAGGAACAACAUCUCCAGGUGUAAGCACAGGUCCACCUUCUGUAACUGGAGGACCAUCUACAGCAGUAACAACCGGUCAACCUUCUGUAACAGGAACACCAUCACCAGGUGUAAGCACAGGUCCACCUUCUGUAACUGGAGGACCAUCUACAGUAGUAACUACCGGUCAACCUUCUGUAACAGGAACACCAUCACCAGGUGUAAGCACAGGUCCACCUUCUGUAACUGGAGGACCAUCUACAGUAGUAACUACCGGUCAACCUUCUGUAACAGGAACACCAUCUCCAGGUGUAAGCACUGGCCCACCUUCUGUAACUGGAGGACCAUCUACAGCCGUAACCACUGGUCAACCUUCUGCAACUGGAACACCAUCACCAGGUGUAAGCACUGGCCCGACUUCUGUAACUGGAGGACCAUCUACAGCGGUAACCACCGGUCAACCUUCUGCAACAGGAACACCAUCACCAGGUGUAAGCACUGGCCCGACUUCUGUAACUGGAGGACCAUCUACAGUGGUAACCACCGGCCAACCUUCUGCAACAGGAACACCAUCUCCAGGUGUAACCACCGCUGAAACAUCUGAAACAGGAACACCAUCUCCAGGUGUAAGCACUGGCCCACAUUCUGUAACUGGUGGACCAUCAACAGUAGUAACUACCGGUAGACCUUCUGCAACAGGAACAACAUCUCCAGGUGUAAGCACUGGCCCAUCUUCUGUAACCGGAGGACCAUCUACAGCAGUAACAACCAGUCAAACUUCUGCAACAGGAACAACAUCUCCAGAUGUAAGCACAGGUCCACCUUCUGUAACUGGAGGACCAUCUACAGCAGUAACAACCGGUCAACCUUCUGUAACAGGAACACCAUCACCAGGUGUAAGCACAGGUCCACCUUCUGUAACUGGAGGACCAUCUACAGUAGUAACUACCGGUCAACCUUCUGUAACAGGAACACCAUCACCAGGUGUAAGCACUGGCCCACCUUCUGUAACUGGAGGACCAUCUACAGUAGUAACUACCGGUCAACCUUCUGCAACUGGAACACCAUCAUCAGGUGUAAGCACUGGCCCACCUUCUGUAACUGGAGGACCAUCUACAGUAGUAACUACCGGUCAACCUUCUGCAACUGGAACACCAUCUCCAGGUGUAAGCACUGGCCCACCAUCUGUAACUGCAGGACCAUCUACAGUAGUAACUACCGGUCAACCUUCUGCAACUGGAACACCAUCUCCAGGUGUAAGCACUGGCCCACCUUCUGUAACUGCAGGACCAUCUACAGCGGUAACCACCGGUCAACCUUCUGCAACAGGAACACCAUCACCAGGUGUAAGCACUGGUUCACCUUCUGCAAUUGGCGAACCAUCUACAUCAGUAACAACCAGUCAACCUUCUGCAACAGGAACAACAUCUCCAGGUGUAAGCACAGGUCCACCUUCUGUAACUGGAGGGCCAUCUACAGCAGUAACAACCGGUCAACCUUCUGUAACAGGAACACCAUCACCAGGUGUAAGCACAGGUCCACCUUCUGUAACUGGAGGACCAUCUACAGUAGUAACUACCGGUCAACCUUCUGUAACAGGAACACCAUCACCAGGUGUAAGCACUGGCCCACCUUCUGUAACUGGAGGACCAUCUACAGUAGUAACUACCGGUCAACCUUCUGUAACAGGAACACCAUCUCCAGGUGUAAGCACUGGCCCACCUUCUGUAACUGGAGGACCAUCUACAGCCGUAACCACCGGUCAACCUUCUGUAACAGGAACACCAUCUCCAGGUGUAAGCACUGGCCCACCUUCUGUAACUGGAGGACCAUCUACAGCCGUAACCACCGGUCAACCUUCUGCAACAGGAACACCAUCAUCAGGUGUAAGCACUGGCCCGACUUCUGUAACUGGAGGAUCAUCUACAGUAGUAACCACCGGUCAACCUUCUGCAACAGGAACAUCAUCUCCAGGUGUAACCACCGCUGAAACAUCUGAAACAGGAACACCAUCUCCAGGUGUAAGCACUGGCCCACCUUCUGUAACUGGUGGACCAUCAACAGUAGUAACUACCGGUAGACCUUCUGCAACAGGAACAACAUCUCCAGGUGUAAGCACUGGUCCACCUUCUGUAACAGGAACACCAUCUCCAGCUGUAAGCACUGGUCCACCUUCUGUAACAGGAACACCAUCUCCAGCUGUAAGCACUGGCCCACCUUCUGUAACAGGAACACCAUCUCCAGGUGUAAGCACUGGCCCACCUUCUGUAUCUGGAGGACCAUCUACAGCGGUAACUUCCGGUCAACCUUCUGCAACAGGAACACCAUCACCAGGUGUAAGCACUGGCCCAUCUUCUGUAACUGGAGGACCAUCUACAGUUGUAACUACCGGUAAACCUUCUGUAACAGGAACACCAUCCCCAGGUGUAAGCACUGGUCCACCUUCUGUAACUGGAGGACCAUCUACAGCAGUAACAACCAGUCAACCUUCUGCAACAGGAACACCAUCUCCAGGUGUAAGCACUGGUCCACCUUCUGUAACCGGAGGACCAUCUACAGCAGUAACUACCGGUCAACCUUCUGCAACAGGAACACCAUCACCAGGUGUAAGCCAUGGUCCACCUUCUUCAACUGGAGGACCAUCUACAGUAGUAACUACCGGUCAACCUUCUGCAACAGGAACACCAUCUCCAGGUGUAAGCACUGGCCCAUCUUCUGUAACCGGAGGACCAUCUACAGCAGUAACAACCGGUCAACCUUCUGAAACAGGAACACCAUCUCCAGGUGUAAGCACUGGCCCACCUUCUGUAACUGGAGGACCAUCUACAGCAGAAACCACCGGUCUACCUUCUUCAACAGGAACACCAUCUCCAGGUGUAAGCACUGGCCCACCUUCUGUAACUGAAGGACCAACUACAGCAGUAACAACCGGUCAACCUUCUGAAACAGGAACACCAUCUCCAGCUGUAAGCACUGGCCCACCUUCUGUAACUGAAGGACCAACUACAGCAGUAACAACCGGUCAACCUUCUGAAACAGGAACACCAUCUCCAGCAGUAACAACCGGCCCAUCUUCUGUAACUGAAGGACCAACUACAGCAGUAACAACCGGUCAACCUUCUGUAACAGGAACACCAUCACCAGGUGUAAGCACUGGCCCACCUUCUGUAACAGGAACACCAUCUCCAGCUGUAAGCACUGGUCCACCUUCUGUAACUGGAGGACCAUCUACAGCAGUAAGCACUGGUCAACCUUUUGUAACAGGAACACCAUCUGCAGGUGUAAGCACUGGUCCACCUUCUGUAACUGCAGGACCAUCUACAGUAGUAACUACUGGUCAAUCUCCUGCAACAGGAACACCAUCUCCAGGUGUAAGCACCGGUCCACCUUCUGUAACCGGAGGACCAUCUACAGCAGUAACAACCGGUCAACCUUCUGUAACAGGAACACCAUCUCCAGGUGUAAGCACUGGCCCACCUUCUGUAACUGGAGGACCAUCUACAGUAGUAACUACCGGUCAACCUUCUGUAACAGGAACACCAUCUCCAGGUGUAAGCACUGGUCCACCUUCUGUAACCGGAGGACCAUCUACAGCAGUAACAACCAGUCAACCUUCUGCAACAGGAACACCAUCUCCAGGUGUAAGCACUGGUCCACCUUCUGCAACCGGAGGACCAUCUACAGCAGUAACUACCGGUCAACCUUCUGCAACAGGAACACCAUCUCCAGGUGUAAGAACUGGUCCAUCUUCUGUAACCGGAGGACCAUCUACAGCAGUAACCACCGGUCAACCUUCUGCAACAGGAACACCAUCACCAGGUGUAAGCACUGGCCCACCUUCUGUAACUGCAGGACCAUCUACAGUAGUAACCACAGGUCAACCUUCUGCAACAGGAACACCAUCUCCAGGUGUAAACACUGGUCCACCUUCUGCAACAGGAACACCAUCACCAGCUGUAAGCACUGGCCCACCUUCUGUAACUGCAGGACCAUCUACAGCAGUAACCACCGGUCAACCUUCUGUAACAGGAACACCAUCUCCAGGUGUAAGCACUGGCCCACCUUCUGUAACUGGAGGACCCUCUACAGCAGUAACAACCAGUCAACCUUCUGCAACUGGAACACCAUCUCCAGGUGUAACCACCGCUGAAACAUCUGCAACAGGAACACCAUCUUCAGUUGUUAAUACUGUUUCACCUAUUACAACUAGUGGACCAUCGUCAAGAUCAACACCGGGUGUACCUCCUGCAACAAUAGUACCAUCUCCAAGUGUGAGUACUGGUCCACCUUCAGUAACCGGAGGACCAUCUACAGCAGUAACCACCGGUCAAACUUCUGCAACAGGAACACCAUCACCAGGUGUAAGCACUGGUCCACCUUCUGCAACUGAAGGACCCUAUACUGCAGUAACAACCGGUCAACUAUCUACAACAGGAACACCAUCUACAGGUGUAAGCACUGACACGCCUUCUGUAACUGGAGGACCAUCUACAGUAGUAACAACCAGUCAACCUUCUACAACAAGAACACCAUCUCCAGCUGUAAGCACUGGUCCACCUUCUGCAACUGGAGGACCAUCUACAGCAGUAAGCACUGGUCAACCUUUUGUAACAGGAACACCAUCUGCAGGUGUAAGCACUGGUCCACCUUCUGUAACUGCAGGACCAUCUACAGUAGUAACUACUGGUCAAUCUCCUGCAACAGGAACACCAUCUCCAGGUGUAAGCACCGGUCCACCUUCUGUAACCGGAGGACCAUCUACAGCAGUAACAACCGGUCAACCUUCUGUAACAGGAACACCAUCUCCAGGUGUAAGCACUGGCCCACCUUCUGUAACUGGAGGACCAUCUACAGUAGUAACUACCAGUCAACCUUCUGUAACAGGAACACCAUCUCCAGGUGUAAGCACUGGUCCACCUUCUGUAACCGGAGGACCAUCUACAGCAGUAACAACCAGUCAACCUUCUGCAACAGGAACACCAUCUCCAGGUGUAAGCACUGGUCCACCUUCUGCAACCGGAGGACCAUCUACAGCAGUAACUACCGGUCAACCUUCUGCAACAGGAACACCAUCUCCAGGUGUAAGAACUGGUCCAUCUUCUGUAACCGGAGGACCAUCUACAGCAGUAACCACCGGUCAACCUUCUGCAACAGGAACACCAUCACCAGGUGUAAGCACUGGCCCACCUUCUGUAACUGCAGGACCAUCUACAGUAGUAACCACAGGUCAACCUUCUGCAACAGGAACACCAUCUCCAGGUGUAAACACUGGUCCACCUUCUGCAACAGGAACACCAUCACCAGCUGUAAGCACUGGCCCACCUUCUGUAACUGCAGGACCAUCUACAGCAGUAACCACCGGUCAACCUUCUGUAACAGGAACACCAUCUCCAGGUGUAAGCACUGGCCCACCUUCUGUAACUGGAGGACCCUCUACAGCAGUAACAACCAGUCAACCUUCUGCAACUGGAACACCAUCUCCAGGUGUAACCACCGCUGAAACAUCUGCAACAGGAACACCAUCUUCAGUUGUUAAUACUGUUUCACCUAUUACAACUAGUGGACCAUCGUCAAGAUCAACACCGGGUGUACCUCCUGCAACAAUAGUACCAUCUCCAAGUGUGAGUACUGGUCCACCUUCAGUAACCGGAGGACCAUCUACAGCAGUAACCACCGGUCAAACUUCUGCAACAGGAACACCAUCACCAGGUGUAAGCACUGGUCCACCUUCUGCAACUGAAGGACCCUAUACUGCAGUAACAACCGGUCAACUAUCUACAACAGGAACACCAUCUACAGGUGUAAGCACUGACACGCCUUCUGUAACUGGAGGACCAUCUACAGUAGUACCAACCAGUCAACCUUCUACAACAAGAACACCAUCUCCAGCUGUAAGCACUGGUCCACCUUCUGCAACUGGAGGACCAUCUACAGCAGUAAGCACUGGUCAACCUUUUGUAACAGGAACACCAUCUGCAGGUGUAAGCACUGGUCCACCUUCUGUAACUACAGGACCAUCUACAGUAGUAACUACUGGUCAAUCUCCUGCAACAGGAACACCAUCUCCAGGUGUAAGCACCGGUCCACCUUCUGUAACCGGAGGACCAUCUACAGCAGUAACAACCGGUCAACCUUCUGUAACAGGAACACCAUCACCAGGUGUAAGCACUGGCCCACCUUCUGUAACUGGAGGACCAUCUACAGUAGUAACUACCGGUCAACCUUCUGUAACAGGAACACCAUCUCCAGGUGUAAGCACUGGUCCACCUUCUGUAACCGGAGGACCAUCUACAGCAGUAACAACCAGUCAACCUUCUGCAACAGGAACACCAUCUCCAGGUGUAAGCACUGGUCCACCUUCUGCAACCGGAGGACCAUCUACAGCAGUAACUACCGGUCAACCUUCUGCAACAGGAACACCAUCUCCAGGUGUAAGAACUGGUCCAUCUUCUGUAACCGGAGGACCAUCUACAGCAGUAACCACCGGUCAACCUUCUGCAACAGGAACACCAUCACCAGGUGUAAGCACUGGCCCACCUUCUGUAACUGCAGGACCAUCUACAGUAGUAACCACAGGUCAACCUUCUGCAACAGGAACACCAUCUCCAGGUGUAAACACUGGUCCACCUUCUGUAACUGCAGGACCAUCUACAGCAGUAACCACCGGUCAACCUUCUGCAACAGGAACACCAUCACCAGCUGUAAGCACUGGCCCACCUUCUGUAACUGCAGGACCAUCUACAGCAGUAACCACCGGUCAACCUUCUGUAACAGGAACACCAUCUCCAGGUGUAAGCACUGGCCCACCUUCUGUAACUGGAGGACCCUCUACAGCAGUAACAACCAGUCAACCUUCUGCAACUGGAACACCAUCUCCAGGUGUAACCACCGCUGAAACAUCUGCAACAGGAACACCAUCUUCAGUUGUUAAUACUGUUUCACCUAUUACAACUAGUGGACCAUCGUCAAGAUCAACACCGGGUGUACCUCCUGCAACAAUAGUACCAUCUCCAAGUGUGAGUACUGGUCCACCUUCAGUAACCGGAGGACCAUCUACAGCAGUAACCACCGGUCAAACUUCUGCAACAGGAACACCAUCACCAGGUGUAAGCACUGGUCCACCUUCUGCAACUGAAGGACCCUAUACUGCAGUAACAACCGGUCAACCUUCUACAACAGGAACACCAUCUACAGGUGUAAGCACUGACACGCCUUCUGUAACUGGAGGACCAUCUACAGUAGUAACAACCAGUCAACCUUCUACAACAAGAACACCAUCUCCAGCUGUAAGCACUGGCCCACCUUCUGCAACUGGAGGACCAUCUACAGCAGUAACAACAAGUCAACCUUCUGCAACAGGAACACCAUCUCCAGCUGUAAGCACUGGUCCACCUUCUGUAACUGCAGGACCAUCUACAGCGGUAACCACCGGUCAACCUUCUGCAACAGGAACACCAUCACCAGGUGUAAGCACUGGCCCACCUUCUGUAACUGGAGGACCAUCUACAGCAGAAACCACCGGUCUACCUUCUUCAACAGGAACACCAUCUCCAGGUGUAAGCACUGGCCCACCUUCUGUAACUGAAGGACCAACUACAGCAGUAACAACCGGUCAACCUUCUGAAACAGGAACACCAUCUCCAGCUGUAAGCACUGGCCCACCUUCUGUAACUGAAGGACCAACUACAGCAGUAACAACCGGUCAACCUUCUGAAACAGGAACACCAUCUCCAGCUGUAAGCACUGGCCCACCUUCUGUAACUGCAGGACCAUCUACAGCAGUAACAACCGGCCCACCUUCUGUAACUGAAGGACCAACUACAGCAGUAACAACCGGUCAACCUUCUGUAACAGGAACACCAUCACCAGGUGUAAGCACUGGCCCACCUUCUGUAACAGGAACACCAUCUCCAGCUGUAAGCACUGGUCCACCUUCUGUAACUGGAGGACCAUCUACAGCAGUAAGCACUGGUCAACCUUCUGUAACAGGAACACCAUCUCCAGGUGUACGCACUGGUCCACCUUCUGUCACUGCAGGACCAUCUACAGUAGUAACCACCGGUCAACCUCCUGCAACAGGAACACCAUCUCCAGGUGUAAGCACCGGUCCACCUUCUGUAACCGGAGGACCAUCUACAGCAGUAACAACCGGUCAACCUUCUGUAACAGGAACAUCAUCUCCAGGUGUAAGCACUGGCCCACCUUCUGUACCUGGAGGACCAUCUACAGUAGUGACUACCGGUCAACCUUCUGUAACAGGAACACCAUCUCCACGUGUAAGCACUGGUCCACCUUCUGUAACCGGAGGACCAUCUACAGCAGUAACAACCAGUCAACCUUCUGCAACAAGAACACCAUCUCCAGGUGUAAGCACUGGUCCACCUUCUGUAACCGGAGGACCAUCUACAGCAGUAACUACCGGUCAACCUUCUGCAACAGGAACACCAUCUCCAGGUGUAAGAACUGGUCCAUCUUCUGUAACCGGAGGACCAUCUACAGCAGUAACCACCGGUCAACCUUCUGCAACAGGAACACCAUCACCAGGUGUCAGCACUGGUCCACCUUCUACAACUGGAGGACCAUCUACAGUAGUAACCACCGGUCAACCUUCUGCAACUGGAACACCAUCUCCAGGUGUAACCACCGCUGAAACAUCUGCAACAGGAACACCAUCUUCAGUUGUUAAUACUGUUUCACCUAUUACAACUAGUGGACCAUCGUCAAGAUCAACACCGGGUGUACCUCCUGCAACAAUAGUACCAUCUCCAAGUGUGAGUACUGGUCCACCUUCAGUAACCGGAGGACCAUCUACAGCAGUAACCAGCGGUCAAACUUCAACAACAGGAACACCAUCACCAGGUGUAAGCACUGGUCCACCUUCUGCAACUGAAGGACCAUAUACUGCAGUAACAACUGGUCAACCUUCUACAACAGGAACACCAUCUACAGGUGUAAGCACUGACACGCCUUCUGUAACUGGAGGACCAUCUACAAUAGUAACAACCAGUCAACCUUCUACAACAAGAACACCAUCUCCAGCUGUAAGCACUGGCCCACCUUCUGCAACUGGAGGACCAUCUACAGCAGUAACAACAAGUCAACCUUCUGCAACAGGAACACCAUCUCCAGCUGUAAGCACUGGUCCACCUUCUGUAACUGCAGGACCAUCUACAGCGGUAACCACAGGUCAACCUUCUGCAACAGGAACACCAUCACCAGGUGUAAGCACUGGCCCACCUUCUGUAACUGGAGGACCAUCUACAGCAGAAACCACCGGUCUACCUUCUUCAACAGGAACACCAUCUCCAGGUGUAAGCACUGGCCCACCUUCUGUAACUGAAGGACCAACUACAGCAGUAACAACCGGUCAACCUUCUGAAACAGGAACACCAUCUCCAGCUGUAAGCACUGGCCCACCUUCUGUAACUGAAGGACCAACUACAGCAGUAACAACCGGUCAACCUUCUGAAACAGGAACACCAUCUCCAGCUGUAAGCACUGGCCCACCUUCUGUAACUGCAGGACCAUCUACAGCAGUAACAACCGGCCCACCUUCUGUAACUGAAGGACCAACUACAGCAGUAACAACCGGUCGACCUUCUGUAACAGGAACACCAUCACCAGGUGUAAGCACUGGCCCACCUUCUGUAACAGGAACACCAUCUCCAGCUGUAAGCACUGGUCCACCUUCUGUAACUGGAGGACCAUCUACAGCAGUAAGCACUAGUCAACCUUCUGUAACAGGAACACCAUCUCCAGGUGUAAGCACUGGUCCACCUUCUGUCACUGCAGGAACAUCUACAGUAGUAACUUCCGGUCAACCCCCUGCAACAGGAACACCAUCUCAAGGUGUAAGCACCGGUCCACCUUCUGUAACCGGAGGACCAUCUACAGCAGUAACAACCGGUCAACCUUCUGUAACAGGAACACCAUCUCCAGGUGUAAGCACUGGCCCACCUUCUGUAACUGGAGGACCAUCUACAGUAGUAACUACCGGUCAACCUUCUGUAACAGGAACACCAUCUCCACAUGUAAGCACUGGUCCACCUUCUGUAACCGGAGGACCAUCUACAGCAGUAACAACCAGUCAACCUUCUGCAACAGGAACACCAUCUCCAGGUGUAAGCACUGGUCCACCUUCUGUAACCGGAGGACCAUCUACAGCAGUAACUACCGGUCAACCUUCUGCAACAGGAACACCAUCUCCAGGUGUAAGAACUGGUCCAUCUUCUGUAACCGGAGGACCAUCUACAGCAGUAACCACCGGUCAACUUUCUGCAACAGGAACACCAUCACCAGGUGUCAGCACUGGUCCACCUUCUACAACUGGAGGACCAUCUACAGUAGUGACCACCGGUCAACCUUCUGCAACAGGAACACCAUCACCAGAUGUAAGCACUGGUCCACUUUCUACAACUGGAGGACCAUCUACAGUAGUAACCAGCGGUCAACCUUCUGCAACAGGAACACCAUCUCCAGCUGUAAGCACUGGUCCACCUUCUGUAACUGGAGGACCAUCUACAGCAGUAACAACCAGUCAACCUUCUGCAACAGGAACACCAUCACCAGGUGUAAGCACUGGCCCACCUUCUGUAACUGCAGGACCAUCUACAGUAGUAACCACAGGUCAACCUUCUGCAACAGGAACACCAUCUCCAGGUGUAAGCACUGGUCCACCUUCUGUAACUGCAGGACCAUAUACAGCAGUAACCACCGGUCAACCUUCUGCAACAGGAACACCAUCACCAGCUGUAAGCACUGGCCCACCUUCUGUAACUGCAGGACCAUCUACAGCAGUAACCACCGGUCAACCUUCUGCAACAGGAACACCAUCUCCAGGUGUAAGCACUGGCCCACCUUCUGUAACUGGAGGACCAUCUACAGCAGUAACAACCAGUCAACCUUCUGCAACUGGAACACCAUCUCCAGGUGUAACCACCGCUGAAACAUCUGCAACAGGAACACCAUCUUCAGUUGUUAAUACUGUUUCACCUAUUACAACUAGUGGACCAUCGUCAAGAUCAACACCGGGUGUACCUCCUGCAACAAUAGUACCAUCUCCAAGUGUGAGUACUGGUCCACCUUCUGUAACCGGAGGACCAUCUACAGCAGUAACCACCAGUCAAACUUCUGCAACAGGAACACCAUCACCAGGUGUAAGCACUGGUCCACCUUCUGCAACUGAAGGACCAUAUACUGCAGUAACAACCGGUCAACCUUCUACAACAGGAACACCAUCUACAGGUGUAAGCACUGACACGCCUUCUGUAACUGGAGGACCAUCUACAGUAGUAACAACCAGUCAACCUUCUACAACAAGAACACCAUCUCCAGCUGUAAGCACUGGCCCACCUUCUGCAACUGGAGGACCAUCUACAGCAGUAACAACAAGUCAACCUUCUGCAACAGGAACACCAUCUCCAGCUGUAAGCACUGGUCCACCUUCUGUAACUGCAGGACCAUCUACAGCGGUAACCACCGGUCAACCUUCUGCAACAGGAACACCAUCACCAGGUGUAAGCACUGGCCCACCUUCUGUAACCGGAGGACCAUCUACAGCAGUAACCACCGGUCAACCUUCUGCAACAGGAACACCAUCACCAGGUGUAAGCACUGGCCCACCUUCUGUAACCGGAGGACCAUCUACAGUAGAAACCAUCGGUCAACCUUCUGCAACAGGAACACCAUCACCAGGUGUAAGCACUGGUCCACCUUCUGGAACUGGAGGACCAUCUACAGCAGUAACCACCGGUCAACCUUCUGCAACAGGAACACCAUCACCAGCUGUAAGCACUGGCCCACCUUCUGUAACCGGAGGACCAUCUACAGCAGUAACCACCGGUCAACCUUCUGCAACAGGAACACCAUCACCAGGUGUAAGCACUGGCCCACCUCCUGUAACUGGAGGACCAUCUACAGUAGUAACCACCGGUCAACCUUCUGCAACAGGAACACCAUCACCAGGUGUAAGCACUGGCCCACCAUCUGUAACUGGAGGACCAUCUACAGCAGUAACCACCGGUCAAUCUUCUGCAACAGGAACACCAUCACCAGGUGUAAGCACUGGCCCAUCUUCUGUAACCGGAGGACCAUCUACAGCAGUAACUUCCGGUCAACCUUCUGCAACGGGAACACCAUCUACAGGUGUAAGCACUGGUCCACCUUCUGUAACAGGCGGACCAUCUACAGCAGUAACCACCGGUCAACCUUCUGCAACAGGGACCCCAUCUCCAGGUGUAAGCACUGGCCCACCUUCUGUAACUGGAGGACCAUCUACAGCAGUAACAACCGGUCAACCUUCUGUAACAGAAACACCAUCUCCAGGUGUAAGCACUAGUCCACCUUCUGUAACCGGCGGACCAUAUACAGUAGUAACAACCAGUCAACCUUCUGCAACUGGAACACCAUCUCCAGGUGUAAGCACUGGUCCACCUUCUGUAACUGGAGGACCAUCUACAGUAGGAACCACCGGUCAACCUUCUGCAACUGGAACACCAUCUCCAGGUGUAAGCACUGUCCCACCUUCUGUAACUGGAGGACCACCUACAGCAGUAACAACCAGUCAACCUUUUGCAACUGGAACACCAUCUCCAGGUGUAACCACCGCUGAAACAUCUGCAACAGGAACACCAUCUUCAGUUGUUUAUACUGUUUCACCUAUUACAACUAGCGGACCAUCGUCAAGAUCAACACCGGGUGUACCUCCUGCAACAAUAGCACCAUCUCCAAGUGUGAGUACUGGUCCACCUUCUGUAACCGAAGGACCAUCUACAGCAGUAACCACCGGUCAAACUUCUGCAACAGGAACACCAUCACCAGGUGUAAGCACUGGUCCACCUUCUGCAAUUGAAGGACCAUCUACUGCAGUAACAACCGGUCAACCUUCUACAACAGGAACACCAUCUCAAGGUGUAAGCACUGACACGCCUAAUGUAACUGGAGGACCAUCUACAGUAGUAACAACCAGUCAACCUUCUACAACAAGAACACCAUCUCCAGCUGUAAGCACUGGCCCACCUUCUGCAACUGGAGGACCAUCUACAGCAGUAACAACAAGUCAACCUUCUGCAACAGGAACAACAUCUCCAGGUGUAAGCACUGGUCCACCUUCUGUAACCGGAGGACCAUCUACAGUAGUAACCACCGGUCAACCUUCAGCAACAGGAACACCAUCCCCAGGUGUAAGCACUGGUCCACCUUCUGUAACUGCAGGACCAUCUACAGCGGUAACCAUCGGUCAACCUUCUGCAACAGGAACACCAUCACCAGGUGUAAGCACUGGCCCACCUUCUGUAACCGGAGGACCGUCUACAGCAGUAACCACCGGUCAACCUUCUGCAACAGGAACACCAUAUCCAGGUGUAAGCACUGGUCCACCUUCUGUAACUGCAGGACCAUCUACAGCGGUAACCACCGGUCAACCUUCUGCAACAGGAACACCAUCACCAGGUGUAAGCACUGGCCCACCUUCUGUAACCGGAGGACCAUCUACAGUAGUAACCACCGGUCAACCUUCUGCAACAGGAACACCAUCUCCAGGUGUAAGCACUGGUCAACCUUCUCCAACAGGAACACCAUCACCAGCUGUAAUCACUGGUCCACCUUCUGUAACCGGAGGACCAUCUACAGCAGUAACCACCGGUCAACCUACUGCAACAGGAACCCCAUCUCCAGGUGUAAGCACUGAUUCACCUUCUGUAACUGCAGGACCAUCUACAGCGGUAACCAUCGGUCAACCUUCUGCAACAGGAACACCAUCACCAGGUGUAAGCACUGGUCCACCUCCUGUAACUGGAGGACCAUCUACAGCGGUAACUUCCGGUCAACCUUCUGCAACAGGAACACCAUCACCAGGUGUAAGCACUGGCCCACCUUCUGUAACCGGAGGACCAUCUACAGUAGUAACCACCGGUCAACCUUCUGCAACAGGAACACCAUCACCAGGUGUAAGCACUGGCCCACCUUCUGUAACCGGAGGACCAUCUACAGCAGUAACCACCGGUCAACCUUCUGCAACAGGAACACCAUCACCAGGUGUAAGCACUGGCCCACCUUCUGUAACCGGAGGACCAUCUACAGCAGUAACCACCGGUCAACCUUCUGCAACAGGAACACAAUCUCCAGCUGUAAUCACUGGCCCACCUUCUGUAACUGCAGGACCAUCUACAGCUGUAACUUCCGGUCAACCUUCUGCAACAGGAACACCAUCACCAGGUGUAAGCACUGGUCCACCUUCUGUAACUGCAGGACCAUCUAUAGGGGUAACUACCGGUCAACCUUCUGAAACAGAAACACCAUCUUCAGCUGUAAGCACUGACAAACCUUCUACAACUGGAGGACCAUCUACAGUAGUAACAAAAAGUCAACCUUCUGCAACAGGAACACCAUCACCAGGUGUAAGCACUGGUCCACCUUCUGUAACUGCAGGACCAUCUACAGCGGUAACUACCGGUCAACCUUCUGCAACAGGAACACCAUCACCAGUUGUUAGCACUGGUCCACCUUCUGUAACUGUAGGACCAUCUACAGCGGUAACUUCCGGUCAACCUUCUGCAACAGGAACACCAUCUCCAGGUGUAAGCACUGGCCCACCUUCUGUAACCGGAGGACCAUCUACAGCAGUAACCACCGGUCAACCUUAUGCAACAGGAACACCAUCUCCAGGUGUAAGCACUGGUCCACCUUCUACAACUGGAGGACCAUCUACAGCAGUAGCAACUAGUCCAACUUCGGCAACAGGAACACCAUCACCAGGUGUAAGCACUGGUCCACCUUCUACAACUGGAGGACCAUCUACAGCAGUAGCAACUAGUCCAACUUCGGCAACAGGAACACCAUCACCAGGUGUGAGCACUAGUCCACCUUCUGUAACUGGAGGACCAUCUACAGCAGUAACAACCAGUCAACCUUCUGCAACUGGAACACCAUCUCCAGGUGUAACCACCGCUGAAACAUCCGCAACAGGAACACCAUCUUCAGUUGUUAAUACUGUUUCACCUAUUACAACUAGCGGACCAUCGUCAAAAUCAACACCGGGUGUACCUCCUGCAACAACAGCACCAUCACCAAGUGUGAGUACUGGUCCACCUUCAGCAACUGGAAGACCAUCUACAGCAGUAACCAUCGGUCAAACUUCUGCAACAGGAACACCAUCACCAGGUGUAAGCACUGGUCCACCUUCUGCAACUGAAGGACCAUCUACAGCAGUAACAACCGGUCAACCUUCUGCAACAGGAACAACAUCUCCAGGUGUAAGCACUGGUCCACCUUCUACAACUGGAGGACCAUCUACAGCAGUUACAACCAGUCAACCUUCUGCAACAGGAACACCAUCUCCAGGUUUUUGUAAAUUUACCCAAAACGAGUUUUUUGAUAACUUUGGGUUUGAACAAAUGGGACUUAUUGGAUAUAUUGAGAAAGAUAACCAGCCAGGAAUAACUGAUAAUGAGGAAAAGAUAUAUAUCGGAUCUACCGUGGAGGCAGGUGUUGUCGUCGUGGUGGGAUGUAGUAACUGUUCAUGUGAAGAAGACGGAACAAUUGGCUGCGAGAUUGGAGAGUGUCAAGACUGUAAAUAUUCAGAUUGGGGAGAAUGGUCUGAAUGUACAAGGGAUUGUGAUGUAGGAUCAAUGACUAGAACACGCACCAAACUCUCUCUGACAACUCCAGAUAGGUGCCCGGAUGACUUGAUUCAGACGAAAGAUUGUAACAUUCACAGUUGUCCUACACCAACAACGGUGGAAAUUUGUGGACCCUGGGAUGAUUGGACCGAUUGUAGUGUUGACAGCAGCAACCUACCGUGUACAGAAGGUACAAGGACAAGACAACGAAAUUGCACUGGUGAAAUUACACGUGACGUACAAAGCUGUUCAAAUGACUGUCCUCCAAAUCCAGUUUGUGAGGAACCAAGAAUUUUACUGACUAAACCUAGAUGUGAGAUGUCAUGCUCAACCUUACAAAAUCCUGAAAUUUGUUCCGAAGAUGAAGACUUUUCACCAAGGUGUGGUUGUAAAGAAGGAUAUGUUAUUGAUGAAGCCACUGACAACUGUAUUCCAGUAGAGAACUGUGUCUGCUACAAAUCUGACGGGGUACCAGUUAAUGUUGGAAUGACUUUCCCAGGCCCUACAGCUUGUCGGGAAUGUAUUUGUAAUGGACCAUCAAACUAUUUUUGCUAUGAGAAACCAGAUUGUUGUGAAUGGAACGAUUGGACAGACUGGGGUGAAUGCGACUCCAAUUGUGAAACUGGUGUCAAAAGGCGCUACAGAACCUUGAAUAUUGGGGAGUUGGAAUUCUGUGGUAAUGACAUGGAAACCGAAAGUUGUGAACCUAAAGACACAACGGAAUGUCAUGUGUGUGAGGUGGAUGGUGUAUCGUAUGCACUCGGAGAUCUAAUUAGUACUCAGAAUGGUGGAUGUGUCAAAUGUUACUGUUAUUCUGAUGGACCACAGUGUGUUAAUGACCCAAAUACAAACGUUGAUGGAAAUUGGAAUGAAUGGACAUCCUGGUCAAUAUGCACGACAUCUUGUGAAGGUGGUAUGAAGACUAGAACAAGACAGUGCAAUAAUCCUCUGCCUAUGUGUAACGGGUCACCUUGUCAAGGUCAAAAUCAAGAAUAUGAACAAUGUAACAUCGAUGUUUUAUGUUGUACAACAAAUGAAUGGAGCGAUUGGACAGAAUGUCCAACAAGUUGCAGUAAUGGUGAAAAUCAAAUACGGACUCGACAGUUUGUUGGUCCGUUUAAUUCAACAAGUUGUCCUGGUGUUCAACUGGUUGACACUCGUGAAUGUACCGUUACUAAUUGUGAAUGUAUCUAUAACUAUGUUCCGGCUGAACAAUGUUACAGUAACAACGGAGCUGACUGUGGAAGUGGCGUACGAGAAUUACUUGGCACGUUACAAAGUGGUGGGGAGGAUUGUACUGAUCAGGAUACUAUAUAUGAACAAUGCCAUCUUCCAUCAUGUGUAUGUGAGAAGGAAAAUGAAAUGUGGAGUGUAUAUUCUACAUGUGUUGAAAAGUAUUGUGCCAACAUAACAAGUCCUGUUGAAAUGAAUGCUGAUUGUGAUCACGAAGGCUGUAUAUGUGGAGAAGGAUUCUUUAGGAAUGAAUUACAUGAAUGUGUAACAUUUGAGGAGUGUGCCAAAUGUCGCUACAAUGACGUCGAUUAUAUGCCGGGUGAUUUCAUUAAAAAUUCUGAGGAACGAUGUGAAGUAUGUGAAUGUAUAAAUGGUGAAGUAAAAUGUACGAGACAGUGUGAUGAACCUACCGAAUGUCUACCGGGCGAAGUACUUGAUUACGAAACAGACGAUGCGUGUUGUCGAUCCUGUAUUCCAGAGCAGACUACAUGUAAAAUGGUUACUGAACGUAAGGUACUUGAAUAUGGAAUUGGAUCAAGCCUCUGUCGUACAAAUGGAAGUAUAGAAAUAUCCUACUGUUCUGGUGGAUGCGGAACUAGUUUCAUGGCGCCCCUUCUUGUACUAGGCGCCAUAGAUACGUCAGUUUCCUUUAACAAACAAUGUAAAUGUUGUUCAGGAACAACUGAAAGAUUCCAGAUUUUGGAUAUUGUCUGUGUUGACCCAGUUGGACCUACAAAGGCUUACAUACCUGUAAUAAAAGCUGGUUCCUGUAAAUGUGAUGCUUGUUUAUUAACAGCAUCUGGAGAAGUACAAGAAAAAGCUGAGAAAGUAGUCAGUAAUCUGAACAAUUUGUUAUAGGACUUUUCAUUGAUAUUACAAGCAUUUAAUUGUUAUUAAUAAAUGAUUGCAUUGUA